AUGAAUGCGAAUGGGUUCUUUUUCUUUAAGUUCAAGACUAAAGAAGGGAUGAACCAGAUGUUAGAGGAUGGGCCUUGGAUGAUCAGAAACGUUCCUAUUAUCUUGAAAGAGUGGUCGGCAUCCAUUAAGUUGGAAAAAGAGGAUAUAAAAGCUAUUCCAGUUUGGGUUAAGAUGCAUGAAGUGCCGUUAGCAGCUUAUACUGAGGACGGUCUUAGUUUGCUUGCUUCUAAGAUAGGGGUGCCUAAGUUGCUUGAUUCGUACACUACUACAAUGUGUGCUGAGUCAUGGGGAAGAAGCAGUUAUGCUAGAGCUCUCAUUGAAAUUCAAGCCGGGGCUGAGUUAAAGAGAAGUGUUAUGGUCGCAAUCCCGUCUUUAGAAGGUAAGGGUCACUCAAUGGAGGAGGUUAAAAUUGAAUAUGAUUGGGAGCCGUUAAGGUGCUCUUCUUGCUGCGUGUUUGGUCAUGAUGAUAACUCGUGCCCAAAAAGGGCUCAGGUUGUUUCGAGUGGGGAUCCUGGGAAGAAGAUUGAUGACUUUCAGGUUGUUGGUGCAAAGAAGAAGAAAGCUACUAACCAGGGUCUGCAUAUUAAGAAUCAGAAGCCUAAGGUAGUGUACAGACCGGUUGUAAACCCUAAACCAAUCUCGUCAGUGAAGAAGCCGGUGAACACUCAGGUAGCAACGUCAAACCCUUUUGAUGCGCUUAGGGAUGAUGAUGGUGAUCAGGGAGGUAGUACUGUGGGCCGUUUAGAGAAGAAGGAGGAAAAGUCGAGUGACAGGCAGGAUUCAGAUGAAGAGGAGGGGCAAGCACCUCUUCUACAAAAUUCUCAAAUGGAUAGGCGUCAUUUGGUUCGUUUGAAGGGGUUGCCGGUUUGUGGCAGCUUUAUUUUUGAUGAUGGCGGUUGA